GCCUUGGCCGGAGAAGCGGCGGCACGCAGCGCUGGGCGCGCUGCGGCGGCCAGCGUCCUGGCCACGAAGCCGCUGGAGGAGGCGGCCAGGGCGGCGGCCAAGGCCGCCCUCGCCGCCGCGCAAUCCGCCCACUUGGCGGAGGACCGGGCCCGGGAGCUGGCCAUCCAGCUGGCCGGCGCCACCGCUGCAGAGGCCAGCCUGGCGCUGGGGAAGGGCGCCAAGGAGGCGGCGGAAAGCGCCGGCAAGGCGGCAGAGAGCGCCGCCAAGGAGACAGGCCUCAACGAGGAGACCUCCAAGCGCCUGGCGGCGCAGAGCGCCUCUGCCGCCGCGGCAGAGGCGGCGGAGGCGGCCAAGGGCGCCGCGCAGGCCGCCGGGCUGGUGGCGGCUUCGGCGGCAUCCGCUCCGCCGGAGGCGGCUCAGCAGGCCGCGAAGGCGGCGAAGGAGGCGGCGGUGAAAGCGGGGCUUUCGGAGGUCCUUGCAGGCGCUGAGGCGGCGCGGGCGGCGGGCCGCGCGGCGGCGGCGUGCGCGGCGCGCUUGGGGGCCACUGCCACCAGAUGCGCGGAGGAAGCAGGCCGCGCGGCCGCCUUGGCCGCGAAGGACGCGAAGCUCGCGCCCGGGGAGGCGGCGCUCAGGGCGGCGGGCGAGGCCUACGUCAAGGUCUCCAAAGACGGGGAGGAGGCGGGCAAGGCGGCGGCCGCGGCAGGAUUGGCUCACGGCAUGGAGUGGGAUUUGGCAGCAGUCUUGGCAGCGGAGGUGGCUGGACAAGCUGCAGCAGAGCUUUUGCUGCGGCAGGCGCCGCAGCAGGCAGCGCAGGCGGCAGCCAAAGGAGCCUUCCGGUGCGCCCGUGCGCAGAACUUGGCGCCGGAGACGAAGGCGCUGCGGUCCGGGGCCGCUGCCGCGGCCUCCGCGGCCGCCAACGCGGCCUUGGGCCAAGGGGCCACGCCGCAGCAAGCGGCGCAGAGCGCAGGGGAGGCGGCGGCCCAGGCGGCUGGUCUUCAGGGGGCGGCGCCGGAGGUGAUCCUGGACCUAGCUGCGCAGCAGGCUGGGAGGGUGAUGGCAGAGAGGCUGCUUGCCACAGGCCAGGGUGGGCCGGAGGCCGCUGAGGCGGCGGGGCGCGCGGCCGCGGGUGCGGCCAUGGAGGUGGCGGCAGGCCUGGCCAUGUCCGUCCCGCUGCAAGCGCGCCGAGCCGCCCGCGCAGCAGCCAAGACGGCGGGUGAGGUGGCUGCAAGCGCGUCAGAGGCGCAAGAGCCUGCCAAGGUGGCAGAGGAGGCUGCUGCAGCCGCGAGGAAGGUGGCAAUGCAGCAAGGCUUGAACCAGGCCGGCGUCCGCUUGGCCGCCUGCGCCGCGGCGGGCGCCGCAGCGGCGGCCAAGGCGUCGGCGGCGACGGCGUCGCCGGAGAAGGCGGCCGUGGCAGCGGCCGAGGCUGCUGCCAAAGCUGCAGAGGGCACAGGCGCAGGUGAGGCCGCGGCUGCAGCGGCCGGUGCUGCGGCCGCGGAGGCUUGCGAGGCGGCAGGCCUCACUGCCGCCGCCGCCGCGGAGGCUGCGGGGCGGGCAGCGGCCAAGGCUGCUCAAGACCACGGCGCAGGCUCCGAGGCGGCGCGCUUCGCGGCCGGGGCGGCUGCGGCAGUGGUGGCCCGCCGGAAGGCCGCGCAAGGCCUGCCCACACCACUGGUGGCAGAGGAAGCUGCAAAAGCAGCAGCACAGGCUGCGGCCGCAGUGGGCAGCUCGGCGGCCAAAGUGGCGGAGCUGGCGGCGCAGGAGGCUGGCAAAGCUGCAGCUGAGGCAGUGCUCAGGGGCCCGGCGAACCCGCCAGAAGCGGUGGAGACGGCGGAUGCAAGCCCAGAGCUCGCGAAGAAGGUGAAGACUGCGCAGCAAAAGCUUCUGUACCUUGCAAAGCGCUUGAAGGGCGAGGCAGAUGAGGAACGCCAGAAGGAGCUGGAGCUGCAAGAGGCGCUCAAGGCCAAGGAGCGGGCAGAAGCGCUGCUGCGGGCGCUGAAAGUGGAGAAGGGCCUGCUCGAGGAUCAGCUCCGGAAAGCUCAGAACGAGACCCGCGUGGCAAAGGAGGAGGCGAUCCAGGCAAAGGACGAAGCGGCGGAUGCGAAGGCCAAAGCUCAAAAGGCGGAGGCUGAAAUGCUGGCAGUGAAGAAGAAGUCCGAGGAGGAAGUAAAAGCUGCAAAGACAGCUCUAGAGAAGGCUCAGCAAGAGCAGAAAUCUGCGGUGGACGCUGCAAAGAAGGCGGAAGAGGCCAAGAAGGCGGCAGAGCGGAGCCUGCAAGAUCUGAAGCAGAAAGUUCAGCAAGAGAAGGAGUCCACGGCGAAAGGCGCCACCUCCAAGCUGGACGCAGCUCUCGCCGCGCAGGCGGCGGCCGAAAAGGCGCUGACAGAUUUCAAGAAGUCGCAGGACGAGGAGCGUCUCAAGGCGGCGCAAGAAGCAGAGAAGAGGGGCAAAAAGCAGCAGGAGGUGGAGGAGCAGAAGGCGAAAGACAAGGAACAGGAGUUGAAGGGUCUCAGAGACGAGAUGGAGAAGCUGCGGUCGCAGCUUGCGGACCGGGACAAGCAACUGCGCGCGGUGACAGAGCAGGUGGCCGCCAUCAACGGCAGCUGGGCGCAGCAUGUGGAGCAACUCCACAAGCAGUACGCCCGCAAGGCGACGGAUCCGGCAGUUGGAUGA